AUUUGGAAUUCUGAAUUGGGAAUUUGAGCACCGAACGAACACGGUUAGCUUGUUGAAACUCACAGAUGAUCUCACUUCUUUAGUUUAGCUUUUUUUUUGAUAAUUAUAAGGUUGAUUGGUAUAAAAAUAUAUACCACUAUACAGGAGUUCGGCGUAAGGUGGAGUGGUCUUGUCUCCCGUCGCCAUGUCAGUGCUGCUGGUGAAGUGACCCAGAGACUGCAUCAGCCUGAAGGAUCUCGCUGAUCGCCAUGAUGAGCUGGUUCUUCUUCAGCCUGCUCCUGGGGCUUUGGGCCCGCGAUGGACAGGCCGGUGGACUUAUGCCUCCCCAGAAAGUUAACCUGGACGCAGACAAUGCAGCACAACAGCUGUCGGUCACAUGGGAGGGCAGCCAAGCCACUUCAUUUGACAUGGAGAUUUUACGUACUGAACUCAUGGAGAUUGUAUUGAAUGAAACAGUGUUUGUAAAACUGAAUCUGAGCACCGGAAGGUACCAAAGGAACUGGACCUCGCCCGUACCCCUGGAGUGUACCUCACUGUCGGUUAAAGUGCGCUCCAGGGACGGCCAAGAUGUCAGCGAAUGGAGUCCUCAGCAGAUACUUCCAGGGAAGGACCUCCCAUACAAAGCAGAGGCACAGAUGUAUCCAGAAGUGAAAGUGGUUCCUGUGGGAAGCAACAUGACGUUCUGCUGCAUCGUUGCUGAGGGUCAGCAGUUUGGUAGCAUGUGGUACAGUCAAACCCGUUUGAAUGAGACCAUGCUCAGUAGGCGAACCUACGCUGCCACGGUAACCAAUCAGAGCCUGUCCAAACCCUCCGGGACCAACGUGUUCUGUAGCAACGAGAAAACAACAAUCAAAACCGCCGAUGCUGGGGCCGUGGUGUUUGUGGGAUACCCUCCUCUACCCAGUGACCUGGUUUGUGAAACCCAUGACCUGGUCUCUGUGAGCUGUGCUUGGACAGAGGGCCGUAAGACCUACCUAUAUGGAACGCAGCGCAAGACCAACUACACUCUGAAUGGAAGGGCCUGCUCCAUUGAAAAAGGACCGAUGCAGUGUGGUUUGGACCAGUGGGAAGGUUUCUGGACCCUUGUGGCUUACAACCCGCUGGGCCAGGUCAGGCUGACCGAUGCGGCCGAGCUGGACCACCGAGUCCGCCCGCUGGCCCCUGUGAAUUUGUCCCCCCGGGUUGUCCAGGCCUUGAAUGCCAUUGUGGAAUGGCGGUGGAGUAUAGAGGGCUAUAAGACACUGUCCCUCAUCUGCCAGGUGCACCUGACCAACCUGUGGAACAACAGCACGAAAACCUACACUGGUGUUGGAUUGAACAGCGUGGUACUGAAGGAUUUAGAACCCGAUGAAGAUUACAGCGCUAGGGUCCGCUGUGGAGUGCAGAAGAACUUCUGGAAAUGGGGAGAGUGGAGUUCAGCCCUGGCAUUCAAAACCAAAAUGGACCGCCCAGAUGCUCCUGAUGUAUGGGUAUGGAUGAACAGUGACGACUUUGGCCGUGUUCUGUGGAAACCUCUAACCAAGCGACAGAGCCAUGGCCAGAUCACUGGUUAUGAGGUGACCCUGUGGAGCCCAGAGGAGAAUAUCCAGCAGACUGUCACCCUCCCUCGGACCACACACAGUCUCCCCAUCAAUGGGACUGACCGUGGGAGUACGGUCAUGGUCACAGCGCGGAACCCCGCUGGUGUCUCCCGCCCAGCCAGCGUCGUCGUCCCCGGACAAAUCCCGGAUGAAAAGGAGAUCCCCGUCUCCAGGGUGGCGUUCAACGGCAGCGGUUUCUCGCUGUCCUGGGCGGCCCACGCUAACGCUAGCUGUGGCUACGUGUGGGAGUGGUACCGCACUGGCUGUGCACUGGACUGCAGUGUGGAGUGGACCAGGGUGGCGCCGGACAACACGUCCGCUGUGGUUCAAUCCAGUGACUUUAUGUCAGGCGUGAGAUACACGCUGUCCGUGUACGCCUGUUCGUCGGAGGCGCCGCGGCUGCUGGAGAGAUGGCACGGGUACAUGCAGGAGCUGGCCCCGUCUAUGUCCGUCCCGGGGCUGUCCCUUGAUCAGAAAGGCUCUGAUGUCCAGCUGACCUGGGAGCAGAUUCCACUGGAGCAACAGAGAGGCUUCAUCCUGGGAUACAACGUCUACCUGACCCACACUUCACACCCCACCCUAUAUGCCAACAUCACAGAUCCGCAGCUUACAAACCUCACCGUCAGUCACCUGAGUCCGGGCUCCUACAAGUUCACCGUUAAGGCAUACACCACGGCAGGGGAGGACGAAGGGGUCACAGGGUUCAUCUCACUGAAGCCCUACACUGAUUGGCUGAUCUUGGAGAUCCUGGUUUCCCUGGGGGUCAUGACCUGUCUCCUCACCCUCAUCAGUAGUCUUUGCUACAGGAAGAGGAAGUGGGUGAAGAAAGCCUUCUACCCGGAGAUUCCAGAGCCCAAGCUCCCAGGAUCCUGGGGGAUCACUCAGGGGACGUUGGACGUGAAGCCUUCCCCCCACAGUAUGGUACACAUUGUGGAGAACCCUGAGUGGGAAUCCAGCAAAGAGGCCCUGGUGACCGUUCCUGAGGAGGAUGAGGACGAAGACGGCGACGAGCCCCUUGCACUCCGAUACUACAACCACGUGGUGGGGGAAGGCUCCACUUCUGGGAGACACCCUUAUGCGUUCGACUCCUCGGCCUCCUCCAUCGGCUCCAUGGACUCGGGGCGCACAGAUGUCACCUACACCGGCAUCCAGACCUCGGCCUCCUCUCCGGUCCCACCCCAGCCUGAUGCAUCCGGCCCCGGGCGACGUGUUGGCGGCGGAGGUUAUCAGCCCCAGAUGCAGUCGGCGUUGUACCCAGCAGUAGCCCACACUGGCCCAGAGGAGGCCCCUGAGCUGGGCUCUUUCGGAGGGUAUCAGCCCCAGUGCUCCUGGAAGCCGGACUCCUCAGAUGCUGAAGACGGCGGCUUGGACUGCAUGGGCAGUCCCACGUCGGUCACCUCCUCCCAGUUCCUUCUCCCCGAAGACACGUCUUCCCCAGAGGGCAAGGAGAACCUGUCGUCAGCAACGACCUGGUUCCACCACUUCCUCACGGGCAAAACCUGAGGCUGCCCGAUGUCACAACGAUGGCCCAGAGUGUUACCGGUUUUCCACUGCCAUCCAUCACCUUCCCAACCUGGCAAUUGUUAACGCUCACUUUAUUGUCACGUUUCUGUACUAGGUUCAAGUGUGAACUCACAAAUGGACACAUGCGUGUGGGGAUGCGAAGAGGACUCUAACGACUAUACUAACACUUAUUACACUAAUCCUCGUUUCGCUCGACUGCCUUUGUGAUGACUGUGUUCCGCGAUGUGCGUGCUGCAGUGCUACUGAAAGAGUCCAAGGCAUUUUAGGAGUAAAUGUAAAUCGUUUUCUGAACAGAACGCCCUGAAACUCACACACGCCUGCUACGCAAUCCAGAAGUUGGACAUUAACCCUCUUAUUUGAAAGUGAGAAUUUCUUACUGUCAUCCUCUGGAACUGUCUAGUUAUAGCAAGUAGUUACUCAAAUAAGCUAGUAGUACAUGAAGAAAUGGACUAUCAAUGUCAUUGUCAUCUGUGUUUACUCUAGGAGCUUUUAGGGCCUCCAAACUUGGGGUGUCUUUAGUAAAUGUGGAAGCUAAGUUAGUUCUCCCCGAUUUCUUUUUGCUAAAAUUAGCAUUUUGAAUGCAGUACCUUCACAUUCUUAAGUAGAAAAUAUUUUUUAAUUAGAUGUUAUAUUCCGGAUAUUGUGGGCCAUUGAAUUUGCUGAAUGUUCUGCAGCAUUAUACCAAAUCAUGUCACAAUAUGACUACUGAAGUCAUGUCUGUUGACAGUGUAAACAAAAAAUAGAGCUUGCCUUGAGAAUGUUAAGCUUCCAUUCAUUUUACAGAUUUUUGACUGUCGUUUUAUGCCUUGUCACUAGAUAGUUUUCUGGUUUAAAAACAAAAACAGAACACGUUAUGUACAGUUCGUCAUGGGAUCUGUAGUUAUCCUCUGAACAGUGAAAUAUGGAUGGAGGUAGUCCUCCAUAAUAGUACUGGUUAGGGUUAGUUUAAGUUGAAGCACACUGACAUAUCCAUUUAAAUUCAUGAAAAAGAAACAGGAAUUAGAAUUAUGGUUAACUUUUUGAGUGGACCCCAAACCUCUUAAUUGUACAAAUGUUACGUUUUUGUCUUCCUUACAACACAAUUAUUUCUGGCAUUAUUCAGACGUUCUACAGCUGCAUUUGGAAUUGUUACUGUGAAGAUAUGCACUAUAUAUACAGCCUCAGAGUUACUGUUGGUGUUUGAGAACUGCUGUUCUAAGGUUAACUGGACUGCUAGUUCUAGAACUAGCAAGAGUGUUUGAGGUAGAUCCAGGUGUACUUUCUUUUCGAUCCAGGUUUCCGUGUAUGUUGUAUCAAAUUUCCCAGGCAAUUGACAGAGGGCACUGGAAUGUCUGGGAGCUGGUGUCGAACUCCUCAAGUGAACACUGACAUCUCACCAUAACCUGGUCCCAGAUCUGUUUAAGCACUCCAUUGCCUAUUGUUAGUGACAAGGAGCAAGCAAUUUUGCCCGCUGACACUCAGGCUGAUCUGGAAACGUUUGUUAUCUCCGAGCCUCCAGCAACAAAGCUUUGAGUACUACUGUGACAUAAAGGUAUAACGUUCAGGGUAGUAAUUUAGAGGGAUGAGAAUGCAUGGAUUUAAAAAACUUAGUCUGGCUCCCAAAAUGACAUCCAUCCUAUGAAUAGGAUGCCAUUAGGGAAACGUUCAUACUCUGUUUUUAAGACUGUUGGAGAUUAACGUAAUGCUAUGUAUUGAUAUUUUAUGUUUAUUUUGUCAAUUUGGCAUUUCUUCUUGCUCUGAACUAAAAAGAAGUAUAUAUAAAAUUGUGUAUUGCUCACCUCAGUGUAAAGAAUUUUAUUUUUCACUGUUCUAAAAGUUUCUGUCUUUUUUGGAAUACAGUUUUUUCUCCAUGCUAGAUCUGUUAGCAGGGUGAGUCAAUCCAUUUGUUUACACUGUUCAAUGAAACUGGUGGCAUUACAACUGCUUCAGCUUGUGUUGUCACAGUUUAGUGUUAGGAAUCAUGAUGUCUGGUUAUAGCUCUUGUGGCUUUGCAUUGCCUUGAGGCUUGUGCAUGUUGUAUAAACUAGAAGUGUGCCAAGUGCUAGGAAAACACUGUUGUAUGGACUAUAUUCAGCAUUUCCAUCAAUAUACAAAUGAAAUCAAAUAUAUGCUAUCUACUAAAUAUGUAAACACUAAUAAUGCAAUUUUUUUGCAUGAUUGCUUGCCUUUUCAGAGUUUGUGCGGCUCUUAUUCUGAACUAUUGAACACUAUGCUUUGGUGUGCAUUCCAAAUGGAACCCUAUUGCUUCCCCUAUCCCCUACAUAUUGCACUAAUCCUAAAGGGAAUAGGGAACCAUUCAGUAUGCACACUUAGUUGAAAAAAUGAAAUUAUUCAGCAUUAUCAACUGAAAAAAAUGAGAACACUAAUUGUAAACACUGUUAACACUAUUGCAAACUGUUUUAAAGCAAUAAAUAUAUUACUACCUUU